AUGUAUGAUUUCAAACCGCUCAUUAUUGAAAAUCCAGAGACAGGACGUUUAUUUAAACAAGUAGUGGAGCAUUAUCACAAAGAAGUUGAAGCAUACGAACGUCUCCUCAAUUCUGCUGAGGCCCUGGCAUCUCGGAAGACAAUUUUGGCUCAAUUUUGGAAGCAAGAAGGAACCAAGAGACUCAACGAACUGGAUACUUCGAAGCGGUUAUUUGAACUGCAACUAACGGAACUUAAGCAGAGAGCUGAUCAUUUAGAGAGAAAGAAUCAGGAAAACAAAAUAAAAAGGGAUCAAUUAAGAAGCGACGAAGUCAAAUUUCUUAAAUGGCGGGCUGAACAGCUCAAGGUAACUACAAAUAUACUCUCAAUAUUGUCGCAAAUCGAUACUUCGGUCGUGGUUCCUCGAAAUUAG